UAACACAUCUGGUUCCACUCCUAUCAGCUGAAAACAAACAGAAGUGGCUCCGAAGGGGCCUGCCAUCGCCGCUGCACAGCUGAGGAGUGGAUAAACGUGGACUGAUCCGACAAACCCCAGGUCAGUUAAGUUUGCUUGCACAGUCCCCAGACCAGAACCUGAUAGAGCAUCUCUGGGGAUGCCCUCAUUCAGUGUGGUGGAGUUUGUGGAUGAAAUUGACCCUGAUGGCUGCAAUAAGGUGGACAUCAUUCCAUCAGAGUGGUUCAAGGGCACUGACGGAAAAUUAUGCUGGUGGCCACCAGCCACACUGCUCAAUGUGACCAAGGCCGUGAAAAAGGGCACACCACCAGCUCAAAACUGGAUUCUGUGUAAUGUGCGUGUGAUGGGGAAUGCAGCUACUUAUGCGAAGGCCAGGGUAAAGCUACAUCAAGCUGAGUAUACAUCAGACCUGACAGACACCGAAGAUGGCUUGAUAAAGAGAAAGGCAAGGUCAAAACUCUUCCAGAGUCAGAGCAAGCAACUAGAAUCAAGUAAGCAUUCUGAUUCAGAGGACCAACUUCCUCCCACUCCCCCAAAAAAACUCCUUUGGCCAGCAGCAAAAAAAAUGACCAGCCGGAUCACCAUCCCCACUGCCCAGCAAGUCGCUAGUUCCACUGUCCAACAGAUCGCCAGUUCCACUGCCCAGCGAGUCGCCAGUUCCACUGUCCAGCAGAUCGCCAGCCCCACUGCCCAGCGAGUCGCCAGUUCCACUGUCCAGCAGAUCGCCAUCCCCACUGCCCAGCGAGUCGCCAGUUCCACUGUCCAGCAGAUCACCAGCCCCACUGUCCAGCAGAUCGCCAGUUCCACUGUCCAGCAGAUCGCCAGCCCCACUAUCCAGCGAGUCGCCAGUUCCACUGUCCAGCAGAUCGCCAGCCCCACUGCCCAGCGAGUCGCCAGUUCCACUGUCCAGCAGAUCGCCAGCCCCACUGUCCAGCAGAUCGCCAGUUCCACUGUCCAGCAGAUCGCCAGCCCCACUGUCCAGCAGAUCGCCAGCCCCACUGCCCAGCGAGUCGCCAGUUCCACUGUCCAGCAGAUCGCCAGCCCCACUGCCCAGCGAGUCGCCAGCCCCACUGUCCAGCAGAUCGCCAGCCCCACUGUCCAGCAGAUCGCCAGUUCCACUGCCCAGCGAGUCGGCAGUUCCACUGUCCAGCAGAUCGCCAGCCCCACUGCCCAGCGAGUCGCCUGUUCCACUGCCCAGCGAGUCGCCAGUUCCGCUGUCCAGCAGAUAGCCAGCCCCACUGCCCAGAGGUUUGCAAGCCCCAGUUGUGAAGCCAUGGUCUCUAAACUUCUUACAAUUGUAGAAGAAAUUAAGGAGACCCAGAAGGUUCAUGGUAAGAUGCUAAAUGUCCUGCUUAAGAAGCAAGAUACAUCAGUGAUGGAGGUUCCUGAUGGUGUGGUCUUCCCGCUGCAAACUCAAGAAGAUGUUGAGGUGCUUGAGGAGCAACUGGGGGACCGCAGUCUAAUGUCUGCUGUUGUUGCCAUGGUGGCAGAUAUAGGGGGCACAAAUGUAGAUGAUGCAACUAGGCGAAUGAUGAAAUACAUUCUGUCAAACGAGCUGGCAUUGGACUAUAACAUGUUUGGCCGUCACGGGAAAAAGAAGUUUAAGGACUUGUGUCUUUUCAAUGUUGUGUAUGAGGCUCUUAAGAAGAAUUCAUUGACGGCACAGGUGAACCAGCAGGAGGCAGAGAGGGCACUGUCGAAAUGGUUCACUGGGGCAAGAGACAGAGGAGGACGAAGGGCAUUCAGACAGCCAGUGCCAAAUUAAACAGUACUGAGCAGUGGUAGAAUAUGAGUGAGUGCUGAAAAUGUUUAUUCAGGUACAAGUACAGUUAAACUGUUAAAAUAUUACUCAGUUACAAGACAAAAUGUUGACACACUUGUUACAUGGUUUUUUUUGAACAAUUAUUUUCAUUACCAAUGAAUCUGUUGAUCAUUUUGUCUGUUAUCAGCAAAAUAUUCUUAAAUAAAAAGUUAAAAUCAGAAUGUGGCCAUUUUUUAAAUUAGAUAGAGCCUGACUCAUACUGGUUGGUGAUUAAUAAUUUCCUUUUUUUUUAUUAAUUGUUGCAGCUCUAGGUUGGAUGUUUAUUCAAACUGUUCUCAGUACUCAAUUAGGAUUUUUUAAAGCAUAUCUUGCCCAGCUGGGGCCCAUCUAAAACCUGGUGUAAUCCUGCCUUAAACCCACAGGGGCAAUUGGCUUGGGGCCAACAUGGAACCCACGGACUAUCCCACUUGCAACCCAUAUUUCAGCCCAUACUGUCCCCAUGUAGGCCCCACAUAGAAUUUAAAGCUGGGACCAAGAUGGUUCUUGUCUGUUUUGCCCAGCUGGGGCCCAUCUAAAACCUGGUGUAAUCCUGCCUUAAACUCACAGGGGCAAUUGGCUUGGGGCCAACAUGGAACCCACAGACUAUCCCACUUGCAACCCAUAUUUCAGCCCAUACUGUCCCCAUGUAGGCCCCACAUAGGAUUUAAAGCUGGGACCAAGAUGGUUCUUGUCUGUUUUGCCCAGCUGGGGCCCAUCUAAAACCUGGUGUAAUCCUGCCUUAAACUCACAGGGGCAAUUGGCUUGGGGCCAACAUGGAACCCGCGGACAAUCCCAUAUGGGUAUGAUCUGACAAUCCCACCUGGGGCCCAUGAUUCUGCCCACUUUAUACCCACAUGGGCCCCACAUAAAAAUGUUGGCUGGGUAGUAUUUGAUUUACAUCAUUUACAUACUCAUUAAAACAAUUCAGUGACCCCAAGUGCCCUGUGGAUGGGGGCAUUGUAAUCCUGGAAGAGAACCAAUACCGAACCCUCUUUCAAAGUCACUUUCCUCUUGUCAUCUUGAUUCAAUGCAUGACUGGAUGUUAAUUGCUUAUUUGCAUGAAGCAGCACACCUGUAUGCAUUUGUUAUUCAUUUAUUCUGGAUUUUCAUUUAAUGCGUUAAAUGUCUUAUAUAUAUAUAUUUAAGACAUGUGGGCUUGUGGUUUGUGGCAGAAAGGCAUCUUUACACCAAGCUUUGACGCGGUGUAUUGGGCAUUGAGCAUUAAAAUACGAUGUGAGGUCAGGCCUGUGGCAUACGGCUCGAUACACCACAGCUUUCAGCCAAUCAGCAAAAGAUCUGAAGCACCCAUGCAAUAAAUGUGUUGUAUUAUAACAGGUGUUAAGGGGUGCAUGUGUGUAUUAUAACAGGUGUUAGUGGGUACAUGUGUGUAUUAUAACAGGUGUUUGUGGGUACAUGUGUGUAUUAUAACAGGUGUUAAUGGGUACAUGUGUGUAUUUUAACAGGUGUGUAUUAUAACAGGUGUUAGUGGGUACAUGUGUGUAUUAUAACAGGUGU